AUGGUGACAGGAGUUGAGACAGCGGGCAUUGUCCUUGCGGUCCUUCCCUUGGUUGUAAACCAGCUCGAUGCAUACGUGCAAGGUAUCGAAGCUUUGAAGGGCUUUCGGACGAGGCGAUACCGCCGCCAGUUCGAAGAGUACUCGACAAGACUGGGAACUCAACAUGCCAUCUUGCUAAAUACUUUGGAACAGUCUCUCGAAGGCCUCGUCGACUACGAAGAUGAGAUAUCAGAACUCAUCAGCAACCCACGAGGGCCACUUUGGAAAGAUUCGUGCUUCCAGAAGAAGCUGGUUCGGAAGCUCGACCGAAACUACGGCGCCUUCACCAGAACCAUGACCGAGCUUUCAACCUUGCUGGAGACUCUGUCAAAGAAACUGGGGCUUGAAUCUGCGGAUCCAUUAAAGAUAUCCUGGGAUGACGCCAGUGCUGUCGAUCGAGAGAUCAAGAAGUUCAGAGACAUCUUCUCCAAGUCUGUCUAUGCGGAUUUGCUCAACAAGAUCGACAGCGCCAAUGCCUCACUCAAAACUCUCCUAGAGCAGUCGGACUAUCGUCAGGAGAGCCGGCGCAAGCAUCGGAUAUCCAAAAAGCCACUUUUGAAGUACAGAGCAGUUAGAAAGCACGCCGGUAAUCUGUACAAUGCGGUGGUCCGCGGUAAAUAUUGGAAAUGCCCAUGCAAAAAUUCACACUGUGUACACCUUCGAAUGGAGCCGCACGCCCUCGACACCAACGAUGAUCACGACUUGAGUCUGAGUAUACCUAGGCUUCGGAUAGCGUUCUCCACGACAAUAGCUGACUCAAAGGCGAUGACACCGUGGCACUGGGAAGAAGUCGAAACUGUACCAGUUCUGCUCGACGCACCCUCUGCAACACAGAAGGGAGUUUCGAGUUCUCAUCGUGCCGUCUGUCAACGGUCAGCGGAUGACAGAAAGGUUCAGUUUGCGACUACGAACGUAACGACAACGCUGCAGAGUCUUCCUUGGCCCGAGGUCCACGAUGUCCCACCAGAACUUCCCAUAUCCGAUUUUUGCUCGCUACUACUUAGUGCCACAGGCAAGCUGAGGAGUUAUCUCGGCUCAAUCUCGGAUGAAAGCGAUAGCAGUUGCCGGUACAGCUUCUAUUUGAUGGAGAAGCACGAGAAUAGCGUCGAAACACUGUCACUAGAGGACCUGCUGAGCUCCUCAUUGCAUCCCGUUGGAUCGCAUGCCGCUCGCCUAGCCUUCUUAUUUACCAGACGCGACCGGUUGUUUCUAGCAGCAACCCUCGCGUCCAGCGUCCUUCAAUUCCAUGGAAGCUGGCUGAAGAGUUGUUGGCGAAGCCGAGACAUUCUGUUUCCAAAGCCCAAUGGGAGUAGCAAAUCCUUCGUUGAUCAUCCCUAUCUCUCUGGGCAUGAGGUAAGCAAACCGACGACAGCAGAGCCGGCCACCAGGACGAUGGCCAACGCGCUCAUCCGGAGCGAAGUACUGUUCCCGCUGGGACUGGUCCUAGUUGAGCUAUCUUUGUGCCAGUCCAUCUCAGCCUUACGGAUGCCAGAAGACGAAGACACCGUAGAAGCAAUUGCCAACUUCAAGACCGCCUCUCGAGUACUCGACCAGGUCUACUCUGAGAGUGGCUUCCGCUAUGGUGAUGUGGUGAACAAAUGCCUUUUCUGGUCGGAGAUCAGAAACUCAACAGCGGAUGACGAAGAAUUUCAACUUCUCGUCUUUCAAAAUAUUGUAUCGCCGCUGGUCGAAGAUCUAAGAGAUUUUGAAGGAAAGGCUCGUAUUCGUUGA